AUGGCCAGUUUUGUGGCUGAUGCUGUAUAUAAGUGUGGUGUGGUUGCUGUCGUUAGCAUUCUCGGCGGCGCUGCUGAUAAGCUAAAUAAUGAGAAGCUGAAGGCAGGUGUUCGGCUAGAUCGCGUACGUGGAGGCCGACAGAAAUACAAGAGGAGAAUGGAUGCAGAAAAUUCAGCCUACCUGGGGCUCACACUGCCACCGCCAGCCAAAAAACCCUUGACGAAGAUCGUGUCUCAUCUGCUGGUAGCAGAGCCAGAGAAGAUAUAUGCCAUGCCAGACCCCACCAUGCCCGAGAGCGAUGUCAAAGCGCUGACCACACUGUGUGACCUGGCCGACCGCGAGCUGGUGGUCAUCAUCGGCUGGGCCAAACACAUCCCAGGUUUCUCCAGCUUGUCUCUGGGAGACCAGAUGAGUCUACUGCAGAGCGCAUGGAUGGAGAUCCUGAUCCUGAGCAUCGUCUUCCGCUCGCUGCCCUACGAGGACGAGCUGGUGUAUGCGGAGGACUAUGUGAUGGACGAGGAGCACUCGCGGCUCACGGGCCUGCUGGACCUCUACGUGUCCAUCCUACAGCUCGUGCGCAAGUACAAGAAGCUCAAGGUGGAGAAGGAGGAGUUCGUCACGCUGAAGGCCAUCGCACUCGCCAACUCAGACUCUAUGCACAUAGAGGACGUGGAGUCGGUGCAGAAGCUCCAGGACGCCCUUCACGAAGCGCUGCAGGACUACGAGAGCUGUCAGCACACAGAAGACCCUCGGCGGGCGGGGAAGCUGCUCAUGACGCUGCCGCUGCUCCGGCAGACGGCCACCAAGGCCAUCCAGCACUUCUACAGCAUCAAGAUGCAGGGCAAGGUGCCCAUGCACAAACUCUUCCUGGAGAUGCUGGAGGCCAAGGUCUGAUUGGCCGCUCGUCGCGUGACAUCAUCGGGGCCAGAGACUGCGGAGGACAGCCUGAGAUGUUUUUAAAGACCUGGAAAAAAAUAAUAACUUGGUUUAAAUCAUAAAUAUAAAUGGAAAAAUAAUUUAAAAAUCUAUAACAAAUACUAUGUACUUGUACAGUGAUGCUUUUUGUUCUUGAUCUGUGCUUAUAUAUGAUGGAAGAAACUGUAAGUCAUUUCAGAGUGAGUAGUCAUUUUUUCGUUCCGCUAACUCUCUGUACGUGUCGCCAACAACCUCAGUGCGGCCCUCGGACGACGCCAGGACACCUUGAGGACUUGUAAAUAUUCAUGGCAGGAUUUGGCCGAGGCUGGACGUGGAAGCUGCUGCCGGUUCUUCCCUAAAUGUGAACUUGCUGAUGUCCUUGAAAAUACCUCUUCUUGAAUCCUGGGAGGACGAUGCUUGUGACGCGUUUAUCCGGGAUCUCAGUCAUCUUACUCUAGUAGCUCAGCAAUAAAUCGAGCCGACGGCGAGAGGACGAGGAGCGCCCACCUCUUGUGUUGCACUGUACUGCUUUUUUUAACGACUUGUUAUUGUUGUCGUUGAUGUUUUGGCCUGAAUGUAGUCGGUGGGUGGAGGGGACGAGGUUUCAAAGGAUUUACGACGCGUGGCAGAAGUCCAGGACUCUCCGUGUUCAAACAAUCAGAUGCCCGUAUGUCAAACGGCCUAUUUUGGGCUUGUUAAGCCACCGGCUGAGGAAACGAGGUGCCCGUCAUCAUCUGCUUUUAUAGCCAUGUAUCUGAAUGAAGGUGGGCGGCAGGUGCGGGUCUUUAUCACCAGCUUUAUUUUUAGGUCUUGGAAGACGACAGCAGAUUGAACUGGAGAGGUGUUUGACCUCAUGUUGACACAAUAGCAUCGCUUUGAAAAUGGCCUUCGAACUCGCCGUCCCUAUAAACAGCUUAUUACGCUUAGAUCCGCUUGACAGCAGACCGUUGUACGGCUAUUAGUCCGAGAUAUCCAUUAGGAAUAUCCCGAGAAGCAUUAGCUCUGAGAACGGCAGCAGUGUCAUUGCGUGGACUGGGACGUCGGCGUACGCUACUGAUGUCAUUUACUUGAAGUGAACUGUGGGCUGUCGGGAUGCAAUGCUGUGACUGAAGGAUCACAGGGUUUGAUUGUGUCCUGGGGUGCGUUUCCCAAAAGCAACUUUGGUCACCAACAUACAGUAGUUUAGCAAUUCUCAAGCUUGUGUGGUUGGAAGUACAACUUUCGACCUGCGGUUAUAAGCGUCUUGUUGGAAUGACGUGGACUUAAAUAGAUCAUGCUCAAUUUGCACAUUAAG